AUGUUCAAAUGCCAGAGGCCUUUGGUUCUCUACUUCCACGGCAACGCUGAGACGGUCGACACCUACCUGGACCCCGAGGUCUUCCAUCCGCUGCAGGCGUCCAAGGUCAGCGCGCUGGUCGCCGAUUUUCGCGGCUACGGCUACUCCACAGGGCGCCCCUCCUUGGCGACCAUCGCGACGGAUGGUGAGCGAGUGGCCGCUCUGGCUGAAGCAUCGUCCAGUCGCCGAAGGUGA